AUGCCACCCAAAACUAGCGGUAAAGCAGCUAAAAAGGCCGGUAAGGCUCAAAAAAAUAUUUCCAAGUCUGAUAAGAAAAAGAAACGCAGGAGGAAGGAAAGCUACGCAAUUUACAUCUACAAAGUGCUGAAGCAGGUACAUCCAGAUACCGGUAUUUCCAGCAAAGCGAUGAGCAUCAUGAACAGCUUCGUCAACGAUAUUUUCGAACGUAUCGCAGCGGAAGCAUCCCGAUUGGCACAUUACAACAAACGUGCCACGAUAACUAGCAGAGAAAUUCAAACAGCCGUUCGACUAUUGCUACCAGGAGAAUUGGCCAAGCACGCCGUCAGCGAAGGUACCAAAGCCGUAACCAAGUACACCAGUUCGAACGGUAAGGCUGCCAAAAAAGCGGGCAAGGCGCAGAAGAAUAUCUCAAAAUCUGACAAGAAAAAGAAGCGCAGGAGGAAGGAAAGUUACGCAAUUUACAUCUACAAAGUACUGAAGCAGGUACAUCCCGAUACGGGUAUAUCCAGCAAAGCGAUGAGCAUCAUGAACAGCUUCGUCAACGAUAUUUUCGAACGUAUCGCUGCGGAAGCUUCCAGAUUGGCACAUUACAACAAACGUGCCACGAUAACUAGCAGAGAAAUUCAGACAGCCGUACGACUAUUGCUACCGGGAGAAUUGGCCAAGCACGCAGUCAGCGAAGGUACCAAAGCCGUCACCAAGUACACCAGUUCAAAAUAA